AUGUCAGAGACUUCCUCCCAUGACUCCUUCUAUGACUCCCUAUCAGACGUGCAGGAAGAAAGCAAGAAUGCUGACUUCUUCCCAGGCCUAUCUGCUUUUCUCAGCCAGGAAGAGAUCAACAAGAGCCUUGACCUGGCCCGGAGAGCCAUAGCCAACUCCGAGACCGAAGAUUUUGACUCGGAAAAGGAGAUCUCCCAGAUCUUCCACACCGCUCCGGGGAGCCUCCGUGAAAACCCUUCCCGGGAGGAGACCCGGGUGGGCCAGCCGGCCUCCCCGGGAAGACCUCGGGAUGCCAGGCCCGAGCAGGGGCCGCGCAUCUCCUCGCCUGGUUCCCGGAGGAAUCCUGCCCUCUCACCCCUGCUUGCCAGACCCAGCUACAUCCGCAGCCUGCGGAAGGCGGACAAACGGGGUCCCAAAACGCCCAGCUCGGGUGGAAAGCCCAAAGCGGCCCAUCAAGGGCAGGCUGGCGCCCAGGGCCAGCUGUGCGACAAGGCGGCUAAUUUCAUCGACGAGCUGACGUCCAUCUUCAGAGAAGCGGCGAAGCCACGAAACAGAAGCCCGAAUGGGGAGUCCUCCUCGCCCGACAGUGGGUACCUGUCUCCUAAAAAUCAGCCGUCGGCCCUGAGGGGCGCCUGCGCCAGCCACAGCCCCACGGCGGAGCAGCAGGAAAUGGAAGCGGAGGUGAGGUUCCCCGAGGCCAGGCAUCGCUUCGGGGCAGAGCAGGGCGAGGCAGGGCCAGGCGCCAGCACCUCGCACCCACAGCCGCAGAGCGCUCUCCUCUUCCCGUGCGCCCCUCGGUUCAUCCAGAAGCUGCGCAGCCAAGAGGUGGCAGAAGGGAGCCGAGUUUACUUGGAGUGUCGAGUCACUGGAAACCCAACUCCUCGAGUCAGAUGGUUCUGUGAGGGGAAGGAGCUACGCAACACUCCCGAUAUUCAGAUCCACUGUGAGGGUGGGGACCUCCACACCCUGGUCAUAGCAGAAGCCUUUGAGGACGACACAGGUCGCUAUACCUGCCUGGCUACGAACUGCAGCGGCUCCGAAACAACGUCCGCCGAGGUGUUCAUUGAAGGUGCCAGUUCAACCGAUUCUGACAGUGAAAGUCUAGCUUUCGUAUCGAAACCUGGAGCUAUGCCGCAAGCUCAGAAGAAAACAACUUCCGUUUCCCUGACAAUAGGAUCAUCAUCUCCAAAGACAGGAGUGACCACAGCUGUGAUUCAGCCACUAUCUGUCCCUGUUCAACAGGUUCACAGUCCAACCUCGUAUCUCUGCAGACCCGAUGGAACCACUUCUGCCUCCUUUCCUCCUGUGUUCACAAAGGAACUGCAAAACAUAGCGGCGUCUGAAGGCCAGGUGGUGGUGCUGGAGUGCCGGGUGCGAGGGGCACCCCCACUGCAGGUCAAGUGGUUCCGACAAGGGAGCGAAAUCCAGGACUCGCCCGACUUCCGGAUUCUCCAGAAAAAACCUAGGUCUACAGCUGAACCUGAGGAGAUCUGUACCCUCGUCAUUGCUGAGACUUUCCCCGAAGAUGCAGGGAUCUUUACCUGCUCGGCAAGGAAUAGUUACGGAUCAGUAGCCAGCACUGCGCAGCUGGUCGUCACCUCAGCCAACACCGAAAACUGUAGCUACGACUCCAUGGGUGAAUCCAACAAUGAUCACUUCCAGCACUUCCCACCUCCCCCUCCGAUCCUGGAGACAAGUCCCUGUGAGUUGGCUUCAAAGAAAUCAGCUGAGAUCCAGCAGGUGAAGAGCCCAGAGCUAGGACGUGGCAUGGCAGCCCUUCCAGUGCAGUUCAGUUCCGCUGAGAGGGAGACGAACGGGGUGCACCCCAGCCACGGAGUAAACGGGCUGAUUAACGGCAAAGCUAACGGCAGUAAAUCUCCUCCAGCACCAGCUGUCUUGCUUUCACCCACCAAGGAGCCUCCGCCUCUGCUUGCCAAACCGAAACUGGACCCUCUGAAAAUCCAGCAGCUGCAGAACCAAAUCCGGCUGGAGCAGGAGGCCAGCGUGCGGCACCCCUCGACCAGCGCCCCGUGCAGCGCGCCGCCCUCGCCGCCCUUCCCGCCGCCGCCGCCCGCCUUCCCCGAGCUCGCGGCCUGCGCGCCCGCGGCCCUGGAGCCCAUGAGCGCGCUCGCCUCCCGCGCCGCCCCCGCCAUGCAGUCCUCCGGCUCCUUCAACUACGCGCGCCCCAAGCAGUUCAUCGCCGCGCAGAACCUGGGCCCCACGUCCAGCCAUGGCACGCCGGCCUCCAGCCCCAGCUCCUCCAGCCUCCCCUCUCCCAUGUCCCCAACCCCGAAGCAUUUCGGCCGCGCGCCCGCGCCCCCCUUCGGGCAGCCCUUUGGCCCCGAGGCCGAGGCCCCGUGGUGUCCGUCUUCGCCGUCGCCCCCGCCGCCACCGCCCCCGGUCUUCAGCCCCACCACGGCCUUUCCGGUGCCCGACGUGUUCCCGCUGCCGCCGCCGCCACCGCCGCUCCCGAGCUCAGCCCCGGCUUCCCACUGCGCCUCCCCCGCUGCCCGCUUCGGCCACAGCCAGACGCCGGCAGCCUUCCUCAGCGCCCUGCUGCCCUCGCAGCCGCCGCCUGUCGCUGUCAACGCCCUGGGCCUGCCCAAGGGCGUCACCCCGGUGGGUUUUCCAAAGAAGGCCAACCGAACCGCUAGGAUAGCCUCUGACGAGGAGAUCCAGGGCACCAAGGAUGCUGUCAUCCAAGACCUGGAGAGGAAGCUGCGCUUCAAGGAGGACCUCCUGAACAACGGCCAGCCGAGGUUAACGUAUGAAGAAAGAAUGGCUCGCCGACUACUCGGUGCUGACAGUGCAACUGUCUUUAACAUUCAGGAGCCAGAGGAGGAAACGGCUAACCAGGAAUACAAAGUCUCCAGCUGUGAACAGAGACUCAUCAGUGAAAUCGAGUACAGGCUGGAAAGGUCUCCCGUGGAUGAGUCGGGUGAUGACAUUCAGUACGGGGACGUGCCUGGGGAAAACGGAGCGGCACCAUUCUUUGAGAUGAAGCUGAAACACUACAAGAUCUUUGAGGGAAUGCCUGUAACUUUCACGUGCAGAGUGAGUGGGAAUCCAAAGCCAAAGAUCUAUUGGUUUAAAGAUGGAAAGCAGAUCUCUCCCAAGAAUGAUCACUACAUCAUUCAAAGAGAUCUUGACGGGACAUGCUCUCUCCACACCGCGGCCUCCACACUAGACGAUGAUGGGAAUUACACGAUUAUGGCUGCAAACCCUCAGGGCCGCAUCAGUUGUACUGGACGGCUAAUGGUACAGGCUGUCAACCAAAGAGGUCGCAGUCCCCGCUCCCCCUCAGGCCUUCCGCAUGCCAGAAGGCCUCGUUCUAGAUCAAGGGACAGUGCCGAUGAAAAUGAACCAAUUCAGGAGCGGUUCUUCAGACCUCACUUUUUGCAGGCUCCUGGAAAUCUGACUGUUCAAGAAGGAAAACUCUGCAGAAUGGAUUGCAAAGUCAGUGGGUUGCCAACCCCAGAUCUUAGCUGGCAACUAGAUGGAAAGCCAGUCCGCCCCGACAGUGCUCACAAGAUGCUGGUGCGUGAGAACGGGGUGCACUCUCUGAUCAUAGAGCCAGUCACGUCACGGGACGCCGGCAUCUACACGUGCACCGCCACCAACCGCGCGGGGCAGAACUCCUUCAGCCUGGAGCUGGUGGUUGCAGCUAAAGAAGCACACAAACCCCCCGUGUUUAUCGAGAAGCUGCAAAACACCGGUGUUGCUGAUGGGUACCCCGUGCGACUGGAAUGCCGUGUUUCGGGAGUGCCGCCGCCUCAGAUAUUUUGGAAGAAAGAAAAUGAAUCACUCACUCACAGCACUGACCGAGUGAGCAUGCACCAGGAUAAUCAUGGCUACAUCUGCCUGCUCAUUCAGGGAGCCACAAAAGAAGACGCCGGGUGGUACACAGUGUCAGCCAAGAAUGAAGCAGGGAUUGUGUCCUGUACUGCCAGGCUGGACGUUUACACCCAGUGGCAUCAGCAGCCACAGAGCACCAAGCCAAAAAAAGUACGCCCCUCAGCCAGUCGCUAUGCAGCACUUUCGGACCAGGGACUAGACAUCAAAGCAGCCUUCCAACCUGAAGCCAACCCAUCUCACCUGACACUGAAUGCCGGCUUAGUGGAGAGUGAGGACCUGUAACCAACAUUCUUGUUAAAGCUGAAACACUGAAACAGCCUUGCCUUGACCAGCAUGUGCCUUUGUCACACUAUGUAACAGGCAAAAACGUACCUUUGACUAUAAGAAAU